AUGUAUGUUAUUUAGUGAAGAAGAAGAGGAAGAUUGAAAACGAUGCCUUCUGGAAACUUCAAAAUGUACAGUUGGCAAUAUUAUUCAGUGCGUCAAAAACUGUGAUGGCGGACGAGAGCAGUGGUUUGUGGAACAAUUUACCCAGCAUUAUUAUUGUUGAAAUAUUUUCCUUAUUAAGCGUAAAAGACCGUCUAAAUGCAUCUUCUACUUGUAAAGCUUGGAGGGGCAACCUUUUCCAUCCAAAACUUUGGCGAAAAGUCGUAUUCCAUUUAAACAGCUGUGAUAAUCCCAAGACAGUCAACAACAAUCAAAAUGACGGGGCCAGAUUCCUCUCGAAGCGCUGCGGGCAUUUUGUUCAAGAAGUUGUCAUAGAACUUAACUCUUUAAAUCCACGAGAUGUUCAGCGCUGCAAAGAAGUUUUACGAGUGCUUUCUAGCAACAAUAAUCUGCGUGCAUUGUCCAUCAAACCACUGAGCUCUCGGCUGGAGUGGGUCGACUACGAUGACACUUUCUCACUUGACGAGUAUAUUGAAUACUUAUGCAAAAUUAUUCAGCAGGCACGUUGCUUGGAGCAUUUAUCACUGGGUUUUAUUGAAGAACUUCUAGAUGUGUCAGAUCACCUCCUCUGCAUGCUCACUGAAAACCAAGCACUCUGUAUCAGAUCUCUUCAUCUCUCAAGUAUUAAAGAAGUUCCAGAUAACUAUUUUGUCAACACUAUGAACAGUUCUAUGUUUAAGUCAUUUUUCAGACUUGAAUUUCUUAGUAUUGACUACGACUACAUGAACGAUCAACUUCUCGACGUGCUCUCUCAACCUCAAAAGCGGCCUCUCCGUCGCCUCAGCAUUCACGUACAUUCCUUUUACUAUCCGUUUCGAAAGGUCGGCGAUGCUGCCUGGAAUUUGCUUCGAUCUCACAGUCCAUGCCUAGAAGUCACAUUGAAUCUGUUGCAUUUCCACAGUUCUUACUUGUUCAUUCAUAACAUUCUGAGCAGCGAGAUGCCGCUGGCGCAUUUCAGGGUCUACUUCUCCUCUGGUUUUAAUGUCGAGAUACUCACUGAGAUAGCUUUUCUCAAUGAAAGUUCUCUCAAGUCUAUAGUUCUUGUAGAUGAGUUAAAUGAAUCAUCUAAUCAUGGCAUACAGAGCAUUGAUCCACUCAUAAUGUUGGCCUGGAAGUGUAAAAAGUUAACAUACAUGAAAAUCAUAGGUUAUGAAGUUAAUGCUGACAGCUUGAUUGCUAUCUCCAGACUUCGUGGAACUGAAUUAAAAGAUUUAUUGGUUCCCGUUUGCUGCCUCUCUACCCUUCAGAUCGAAGAGAAUGCAUCAGUGAGCAGAUCUCGGGCACUUGCCGAAAUGACAGAGCAAGUCAGUUUUAGCUUGCAACGAAAUUGGCGUCCAAUGACUUACGACGAACUUCCACUAGCUGUCCGCAACGUCGACGUGGAUGCUGACGGAGCAUACCUGGAGGAGCUCCUCGAGGACCAGACGUGGUGAUGACUCUCCAAAUAUUUUACCUAUUACUAGUCAUUGCGAAAAAGGGUGUUUAUAUUUAUGCAUAUAUAUAUAUAUUUAAACAAACAAAAAAAAUAUGUUGCCCAGAUCUCUGACAAGCUUAUUAGCAAGUAAAGAUAAUCCCAAAUUUUAUACUUAAAAGAUUAGAUUAGAUUAUCUUUUUGUUUCCAAAAUUUUAUCUCUUUUAAGAAAUAUAUCCAAUGCCACUUGAUAUAUUUUGAUUUUCCCUGGUGUUUUUUCUUGAGGCGAUAGUGGAAGGCUUUGUUUGAGGACCACAGCAGAGUGGCGCUCAAAUUGUAGACUUCUUGUGAUUACAUCUUAAAAAAUGCAUCCUUUUUAAAUGCGCACACUCUUCCAUCUUUUAUAUCUGUCCAUCUAAGCUGAGGGGAAAGUGCAAACACCACUUUAUAUAUAUGUAUAUACUAAUUGUUAACAUUCCAUUAGCAUUUGAUGUUCCUGUUGACAUCUGGGUAGAGUCCAAUCUCAGGGAGAGACUCCGAGAUGACCCCGUGGAGUCCAGAGGGUUUUCAAAAAAAAAAAAAAAAGUGCCAACUUUGGUAUGUAUUUACAUCCAAAUAUAUAUAUUUAUUCUUUCCCCUUAAGUGAUGAUCUUUUGGUGCUGACCGUGUGUAAAUAAAGCACAGACAGAGGAAAGUUCUCUUGAGCGAUUUAAGAUCUGUAUAGAUAAUUAUUUAAAUGCCCCCUUUUAAAAGGUAUUUUUAGAUGUGCAUUGUUUGUCAUGCGUGUUUUAUUUUUUAAGAUCUGUAGUGUUUUUUUAUUUACAUUAAUAUUAUUUUAUUGUGAUAUCACCUGAAAAGGAAAUGAUAAUGUGGGGCCCUUUUUGGUGGCUUCCAAAAAAAAAAAGAAAGUUAUAUUUACAACAUUUGAGAUCUUUUACAUCUGAUGAGAGUGACCCUGCUGACCAUGUUCUUGUUGUUAUUGUUUAUUUUUCUUUCUCCAAUCUGGGUAUGUGUGGUGAUUAUCAAGAUAAAAAGGGGAAAUAAAUGUUACAUCUGUGAAAAUUGUGUGAUAGUUAUUUAGAAUUUACAAUUUGUGUAAUGACAAGUCCGCCGAAAACACCUUGUAUUUUAUCGAGAUAGCUGUGAUAUUGAGGCGAACUUUAGAUCUAUAGAAGUGCAAUGCAUAAUGUGCUCUAACACCAAAUCUGCUCAUGGAUCGCCAUCGUGGGAGUGCUGUCACAAGCAGCUGAAGCUGUAAUUAAUAUUUUUAUUGUAUGGACAAAGUAAUUAGAUCAUUCACUAAUUGUACAGUAUUAUUUUUAAAACUGCUAUUUUUUUCGCCGAAUUUUCUCAAAAGUUUUUUUUUUCUGUCUAAAAAAAUUACUCUUUCCUUUCUCAAAUUUCUAUAUUUUGAAAUUUCAGACUGUAGCAGAGUUGACUUGGUUUAAAUCAAGUUUGAAAUCUGAAUUUAAAUCACUUAAUUUUUUUGAAAAAAUCAUUGAUUUAAGCAAAUUGAUUUUUUAAAAAAUAAAUUUUAAGUCAAAUAUUUUUAUACAUUAUUAUUUAUAAAUAUAUUCCUUAAGGGGAUUCUUUUUAAAGGUGAAAUUCAUUAAUAAGGAAGUUUUUAUCGAAAGAAAUAAUAGAAAGAGAAUGUAUUAUUACUAAACAAAUCAAAUUAAAGACUAAAAGUGGUUUGAAAUUGUUAAAUUAUAUUUUUUUUUAUAAGCUCUGUUUAAAUUAAUUUGCUGGUAAGAAGCGUAUUUCAAUUAUACCCAGUCAGUGUCUUGUUUAGUUCAAUACAAGUGCUAGUAAAACGUAUUAAAUAUGUAGUUAUUGUAAAUCAGUAACCUGCCAGAUAAACUUAAAUAAUUAUUUUUAACGUAUUUUGAUCGAAAACCAAUUAACUCUUCAUUGGAUAUCUGACAAUAAAUUGCCUUUUGCACUUUAAAAUUUUAGGAUGUUAAGCUUGAACAAUGAUUUUAUUUUUAAUGAUGAGUUUAUUUUAUUUAUCUGUGAUUAGUUUGCAAUAAAUAAUAACUUUUGAAGCAUUUUAGUUAGAAAUAUCAACUAUUUUAACUAUAUUAUUGAUUUUAAGUAAUAUUAAGUAUUAUGAAUACAUUUUAUCAUAAUUUUGCAGAAAAAUAUAAAAAAUAUCAGAUUUUUAAAAAAAAAAAAAAAUUGAUUUUUGCCAACUCUGGACUGUUUUAACUUGUAAAUUAAUUUUACUUCAGUAUUUAUUUUUUUUCAAUCCAAGCAUGCUUACACUGAAAAUAAUUUACAAUAUGAUCAAUGCCUAUGCAAGGGAAUGACUAACUAUAAAUUUUUGUGUAUGUAGGAAUUUUAUUUUAGACUACAGAAAUCUUUUGAAUAAAACAGUCCCCAUUUCCUGAAGAAGUCUCACACUUUUUCUAUUUAAAUGUUACCUUUAUUUUUGACUGUUUUGGAGCAUUUUUUUUUUCUUUACAUUCAAAUUUACUUUGAAACAUUUUAGAAUCAAAUUAAAUUUCAAUUGCUAUUCUUUUAACAAUUCAAACCAAGAUUGUAUGGAUUUCUGAAAUAUUUUGAAAGCUUCUAAUUCAUAGGACUAUUUUUAAAGUCUUUUUUUCUUAUGAAAUUCUUUUAAUUUAAUUAUUCUUUUUCUUUUGUCCUGUAGUAAGAUUUAUCUACUCUUCAUUUUAGUAUGAAU